CUGAGUGUCAGCAGUGAUAAUGUAGUGGACUUAACAAACUUUGAUGUAUAAUAUACCAGCCAAUAACCGUAUAUAAAUACUAUAAUAUACCAGCCAAUAACCGUAUAUAAAUACUAGAUAAAUAGACGGAGAAAAUACUACUACAGACAUCGCUAAUGAUUGACUGGGAAGUACCUACAGGUUACCAAUCAGAACUAUCAGAGGUGUUCAAAAUCCGAUAAUGAUGUCGUAUGAACAAACUAUUGAAGUUAAAUUGAAAAGUAAUAUAAGAGACAAUGUUUGUCCUUGGUUGAAUCAUUCGAACUGUUGAUAUCCGCUGGAAGUAGGGAUAUUUUGAGAUUAUUUAACGUUGUAGAAUUAUUCACAUGGAACAUACAUUUAUUGAUGAUUAUUUCCCGUGAUUGUAUGGAUACCUGAUAGUUUAAAAUAAUGUCUUCGUUGCUCGGACAAACAUUUUUCGUCUUUUCAGUUGUUUUCUCUAGUAUUGAAGUGGCUGAAUUAUCCAAGGAGAAAACACUGAUCAAAAAGCUUCUUAACAACUACCAGGAAAUAGGAGUUAUGGGUCGACCUGUUGUUUCUCAGAACGAUGUACUGAAUGUACAAUAUGGAUUGAGUUUAAUACAGAUACUUGAUUUAGAUGAGAGGAAUCAAGUUCUCAAAACAAAUGUAUGGGCAACAUAUCAUUGGAAAGAUAUUUAUAUGUCAUGGAAUCCACUAGAAUAUGACAACAUCACCAAAGUUAGGGUUCCCAUGGGAAGUAUCUGGCAACCAGAUAUCAAACUUUAUAACUAUGCAGACGAAAGGAGAGAAGAAAAGAGGGAAGCCCUGUUAGUGGUGUCACAUGAUGGUGGCAUUCAGUGGAUUCCCCAAGCUAUAUUUAGAAGUUCAUGUGCCAUAGAUAUAAUGUACUUUCCGUUUGAUGUCCAAACGUGCAAAAUGAAAUUUGGUUCAUGGACAUACGAUGGAUAUAAAAUUGACCUUGAUCUUGUUUAUAAUGUAAGCACUGGAUUUGAAAUGACAGAUUAUAUUAAAAGUAACGAAUGGGAAAUAAUUUCUUCUCGAGCGAAGAAAACUGUCUUCCGAUAUGCAUGUUGUGAUGAACCUUUUGUGGACCUCACUUUUCACUUAAAGAUAAAGCGUCAGCCAGCCUUUUAUAACUAUAUUUUAAUUUUACCAUGUAUUCUCCUGUCAUCAUUAACAUUAGUGUUAUUCUGGCUGCCACCAGAGUCUCCCGCCAAGAUGCAGCUCGGUAUGAAUAUUUUUGUAGCCUUCUUUGUAUUAUUGUUAUUAUUGGCCGAAUCAACACCACCAGCUGCCUCAUCUAUACCCCUUAUAGGUGCGUACUACUGUCUUAAUAUGAUACUGAUAACGCUGUCAACAUUUUUAUCAGUGAUCGUUGUAAAUUUGUACUUCCGGGGAUCGAGAACGGAAGUACCAAAAUGUGUCAAAUCGCUUUUUGUAAACGGAUUUGCCCGAAUUUUAUGUAUGAAAGGACAAGUGUCUUACAAUUCCUGUUCCACAGAUAAUUCACGAAUUACAAAUAAUAUCAAUAUGAAAAACAGAGAAAAACGAUUUAAGUAUGACAAAGUGGGUUAUUUUGAAACACAGACAGAAGACAGUUGGAAACCAAUGCAAAACGGUAUUCAAAAUACAGACGACGAACCUUGUCCUCCGAUUCCGACAAGUAUUUCUCAGAGUCUACUUUCGUCUGUAGAGCAAGAUGUUAAAGAAAUCAGGAACCAUUUGCAACGAUGGGCAGAUAAAACCGAAGAAAAAGAAAUGAAAGAAAGAAUAACAAGAGAAUGGCGAAUUGUCGCCCUUGUUUUAGACCGCUUGUUUUUCUGCUUAUAUUUGCUUGUUAUUAUUGUAUCGAUAUGCACAGCUUUUCACAGAGCAAUAGUUAGUUUAUUUAAUAAACAAGAAGAAUAAAAUAUACACUGGGGAAAUGGAAAUGUCGAGGGACAAAAAUUACCCAUUUCUAAAUACCUAGUCUAUAAGAAUUGUUUUGUCCUGUAAUGUUACAUUUAACUUUACACAUACAGGUGUACACAAUAAUCUGCGCAUGCAUAUAUAUAUUGAACACGGUAUCCUUCAUCUUUCAUGCGCGAUUGUAUUAUUCAAAUUAUUAUUUACCUUUCAGUUAAUUUUAGCGUCAUAUGAGCGUCAAAACAAUGAACGUAGACGUCAAAAAUGUGCAUAAUCAUUAAAUAUCAAAAUUAUAAUAUAUCAUUAUCGCCCAAAAAAAGAAACCAGGAGAAAUAUCGACUAGUAUUGCUUUAUAUUAUUAAUUCGUAUAAUUUAACAAAUUUGAUUCGUUUAGGGAUAGUCACAUGUUAAACUAUAUUUUCGAAGGUAGAGAGAAAACGGCGUAUAGCAAAAAGCGUAUUGACCGGCAAAAAGCAUAUCGCGCGGUUAUUUUUAGAAUAUCUAAAAACCGAUAUACUUUGUUACGUCAUGUAAUGAAUUUCAGGAUAUUGUUUAACGUUUUGAAACACAUGAUAUCUGUGAUCGAUAAUUUGACGAAAAAAAUCUUCAAAUACAUAAGAUGUCAAAAAAACAGUAAAUGAAAUAACAACUAAUAUGUUGUAAUUGUCAAGGAGACAAAUUGAUGUUAAUUAAAUAUCUAUAAAAUUCCAACCGUUGAAACCUAAAUGACGAUUUUGAUUAUAUGGUCGGAAAUUAAUAAUAUAACAAAUAUAGCCUUUGUAUGAGGUCAAGACAGGAUAUAUCGACCCAAAGAAGUAUAUCGACCUCGGACUUCGUCCUCAGUCAAUAUACUUCUUUCAGGUCAAUAUAUCCUUGUAUCGACCUCAUACAAAGGCUAUAUUUGUAUAAUAUUUUGUUCUUAACCUAAUAGUAAUAUAAUAUAGUUUUUCUGGUGACCUAUACUGGGGGAGAUGUUGAUUAUGUAACUUCGUUUCGUAUGUAUUAAAUUCCAGGCGCCAUUAACUAUUGGGUUGACCUCCGAAAACCUCCAAUGGUCAUAUAAGCGAUAUAAACAUGAUUAUAGAUAUCAAUAGAAAGUUUAAUCGUACAAUUACAUGUUUCUUUGUCAGUUUAAUUUCAUAUUAUAGGUUAAAAAUAUAGAUUAAUCAUCUUUUAACCUGUAUUAGAAUGAUGUUUUGUGGAUUGAAUCCGUCAAUCACUUGAUUUAUCUUUUUUUUACUUUCAAUGUUGACAUUCUCUUCCUAUAAAUAAUUCCACACCCACAAUGCAUGCGCUAUCGAUCUAUUGGUAAGGGGUUAACUAGUAGUUCAAAUCAAUAAGGAUUCAAAAUUAUUCACUUGUAAGUGAAUAAUUCAUCAUCAAUGUUUCUUAGCUUAUUUUGACAAAAUUGAACCAUAUUGGACGCCAAAAACGAAUUACUAUUUCACUUUUUUACUUUUAAUGAUUGGGUAAAAAAAAACAUAUUUUUAAUUUUUAUAUAUCUCGUAGCUAGUGCUACUUUAAUACAUAACACAACCAGAGAACUAAAUUGAUGUUUUAGAUUUCAAUGUCAAGAUUAAUCCUCUUUAACAUGU